AUGACGGUUCCCCAUUCACCAGCAUUUCCGGUGAGGAGCCUGAUGACGCAUGCCACCUUCAUUGUCUCCAAUGGGAAAACAGAGGGCUGCAAUGAGGAGUACAAGGAACAUUGUGAAAGGAAGGUGCGGCAAGAACACGCCUCACCUGAGAACAGGGCUGGAGGAUUGAGACGAGGCCCGGAGCGUCCAGAAAUGUGGGGAACCACCGGAGCCGGCGAGGGUGCUUCCUGGGUGGGACUUGUAUCGGGAGGCUGGCGGAGCUGUUGGAAGACAGAGGUGAGCUCAGCAAGCUGCGAUGAUCUCCAGAGCCUGGUUAGGAGUGGAGAUCUGAUCCUGCUGAUGUCCCAAGAGCAGAUCCGUGAGGAAUCCUCCAUGAAGAGUGUGAUCAUAGGCGUGUAUGCGUCAUGGUCCUUUAAUCUAAACCUUCCACCCGGAUUGGGCCCUUACAGCAGGCCCUUCCGUGAGGCUGCCUCCGAAACCGGCUGCUUCAAUGCAGUUUACCAAAAUCUAGCUCCUGCAGACCACCCUGUUAGACAACUCCACACCCUAUCUAUGGGUUCAAUACUACAAGCCGUCUCUCCCAGAACAGUCCAAACUUACUGGACAGCUUGGAGUUCCUUCAAAAACUUCCACAGAGCAUACAACUUCGUUUUUCCAGAUUUUACCCUCCUCUCCAUAUCCCCUUUCAUAUCUCACCUCCAUAAUACCAAAUCAAUUCAGCCAGGAACAAUCAAAGUCUACCUCAGCGGUGUACAUUUCUUCUUUAAACUCAUCCAUGGCCAACAAUGCCCUUCCAUUACAAACCCCCAGAUAGCUCUCUUUAUCAAGGGUUUACACAAAAUGAAUCCCACCCGUCCAGACACCAGACAACCACUAACCAUCGACAUCCUAACCAAAUGCCUCGUUACUCUUCGCUCCGGUAUAUUUUCCCCCAACAAUACAAGAACCCUAGACGCCAUGUUCAAUUUAGCUUUCUUCGGCUUCCUCAGAAUCUCAGAACUCACCAUCAACUCCACCUUCAACCCAGCCAUCCACCCCACCUUCCCUGACCUUCAAUUCUCAACCCAUGACACAAUCCGUUUCAAUAUCAAACAGAGUAAAACCGAUCAAUUGAAACACGGACAUUCAGUUUUCAUUUUCAGUCUGGCAACCCCCAUUCAGCCAUACCAGUCCCUGGCUUUUUUUCUUUUUUUUCUACUCCAGAGAAACUCUGAAAUCACCUCUCCGCUCGACCCUCUAUUUGCUAAUGACAAAAACCUCCCCGUAUCUAGACAUUGGUUUCAAAAGAAUCUAAAAAUUUGA